AGACAAGAUGUUGCCUACCUACUAGGCGCUAUGAGGGCUCAGGGUGGCUGAAAUGGGGUAUUUUAUUGGUAUAACGAAGAUCAGGAAGAACAAGCCAGAGCAUAAGCCUUGAACUGAUUUUCGAAAAUCGACUGAAAAAAAAUUGAAGGCUUGUUAUGUUCUGGCUUGUUCUUGCGGAUCUUUGUACCAAUAAAAUACCUCAUUAUCGCAUGUCGAAAGUGUGUCGAAAUCGGGUACAAUUUUUUAUUGUUAGCGAUACAAUUUACGACGUCCGAUAUCGACACGUUAUCGUUUCGAUAUCGUGCCCAAAACCCUUUCUCACUGGGUCCAAGACUAGGAACACAGCACUGAAUAGGCAGGUGUUAAAUUUUGCACGUCAACCGACGUGUAAGUGCACGUGGCAAAGACACAUCAUUGUGGAGUCUAACUAGCGCCAAUAAGGUGUGCAAACUUUAGACAUUUCCGAAACGUAAAGCAACAAAAUUUAGAUGUGUACGAAACGCCUAAAAUUUGCUUAUUACGUGUGCAACGUCUGUUAGACACCAUGAAAUAUGUUCAAAAUCAUUAUUUGCACAGAUGUGAAAAUAUAUUGCACAAUUGUGUUACAAGGGUUACAAGUGAGUGGCUUGUGCGCGCGACGCGCUGCCCCCUUCGGCACUAUGUGGCCUUGUGGCCUUCCCUCCCCCAGGUGACCAACGCGGGCCGCGGCCUGGGGCGGCGCGUGGCGGUGCGCUUCGGGCUUGAGGCCGGACUGGUCGUGUGCUGGGACCCAGACCUGGACCGCUGCAUGAACACGGUGUACGAGGUCCGGCACCGCGGCGGGGCCGCGCAGGGCUACGCGGUGGACGCCACGGACGAGGCAGCCGUCGCGGCGGGGGCGGCCGUGCUGCGGCGCGACGUCGGCCACGUGCACAUAGUGGUGCUCAACGUCGGGCGGCUGCCACUGAAACCGCUGCUUCGUUUCACCGUUCGAGACCUGCAGGACCUCUUCCACGACAACGUGUUCCCGCACUUUGUGCUGCUCAAGGUGUUCGUGCCCCCCAUGGUGCUGCACAACAAGGGCCACGUCGUGUUCAUCUCCAGCGCCACCAGCAUCCUCCCCGCGGCCCUCGAGGGUCCCUACGUGGCCACCAAGCAGGCGGUGUCUGGCAUGAUGAGCGGGCUGCGGGAGGAGCUGGCCGCGCUGCCCCGCAACCGCGUGCGCGUGUCCUGCGCCUAUCCCUGCCUACCCAGCAGCGGCCAUCAGGGCGCCGAGCAUUGCUGGGGGCGCCGGACCCUGGACGACGUCGCCCGCCAGAUCGUGACCGGCGUCCUGCUGGGCCGCGACACCAUCUCCGUGCCGCGCUGCCUCGUCCUCUGGAUGAGGCUCCUAAGGGCAUUUCCGCUGAGCGUGCAGCGGCGCUGGCGCCGCCUGUUCCUGAGCCACCUGCGUGCCACCCCUGCCCCUCCUGUGGCUGAGCCCUGGAGCGGACCCUGGAGUGGGCCUUGGACCCGGGAUUGCCCGCUGGAGGCCUGGUUCCAGGGGGCUUCCCCCGCGGACUCCGCCUCCACCAUACGCACGGUCCCGCCAUACGAGGUGCGCUGCAGAUCAGAAGUGUGUCCGAAUUCGAAUUCUCAAUCCGACCGACCGUUCUGCCCCCCCCCCCUCUCCUUCAUUCCGACCCGUUCAGACCUAUUUAGAACGGUCGGAUUGAGAAUUCGGACACACUCCAGAUCCCUGAGCCUCAGAACCGUAGUACCUGUCAGGGCUUCGACCCAACAGUGUUGCGGGUUUGCAUACUCUAGGGGGCCAUGAUAGCGCGGAUUAAGAGGAAGGGGGGGACUGGGGGAGGGGGCAAUCGCCCUCCCUGCCGUAUCUAGGUACAAGUGGCCUACACAGCAGGCGGUUCGUUAAUAAGGUUGGAUUGAGAGGACGAGUGUCAUGGCCCUAUUAACUUCACCGUUACCUUAUAGUACACUUCCUAAUAAGUCGGGGUGGCCCUAACGUCCACCGUGUUACAAACUGUUAUUGCGCUUCGUAAACUUGCGCCCUUUCCUUCUCCGUUCCCAGAUGGUUGCCGAGAGAUCAUCCAGCGGUGACAUUCUCCCGAUAGGAUUUCGGAAAUCUCGCCGGAUCGAGCUCCCGUGACGAGAGCAAGACAACGGACAAAAAGUCCGACUCGAUCUCUUAUUGCCAUGUCUAUCAACCCCAAUACUAUAGCAUAAAAGAGGUGUCAGAUUUUUAGAAUGGUUAUUUUUAUUAUUAAUAUCGAGGCUCCGCCAAUGCGAGACUGCAAAGGGUGAUGAUGGCUCGAAGCUUGGCGCUGCCGCGUGCAGGAAGCGGCCGGCCUGCGCGUGCAUCGGUGCACCCUGCACCGCGGUGCACCGCUCUGGUAUUUCCGGCCGACCUCGUUAGCAUCAAGCCGACGGACAGGGGACAGGCUCAACCCGUUUAAUUCGUGGCUUUUCAUUUGCGUCUGGGCAUCCAGUUUUCGUCGAGGUUGAAAGCUGCGUGAGCUGGAAAUGGGGCGCUACGCGAUUCCUGUGCUGAUCAUGGCAGUGGGUGAGUAAUAAUGUAGUUUUCAUUGUGCGAAGGAGCGAAUUGGCGUAAAUAGGGGUGUUUGUUGUCAUCGUCGUUUGCCCGGCGUUGUGUCUUCACAGCAACAAGUUGAAUAUUUUUGUCUAAUUUCUCGACUCCACCAAUCACCAUAGAGAACCCCAAUUGCUAAUUAUUUUAUCGCAUCUUUCUACUACGAAUACCAUUCAUGAUCUUCCA